AUGGCUUCCGAAGCCCAGAAUGGGCCAACGCCAAAUGGAAUCACCCAUCAUCAGUGGCAGCCUGUUCUUGAGGAUCGCGACCAGCCCAUCCUAAGACCUCUACCUCAUAUCCUCGAUAACGGCGUCACUGAGUUGUGGUGUCCUCCUGUUUCCACAGAUGUUCUCGCCGACAUCUGCUUUGUACAUGGCCUCAAGGGCCAUCCCUUCAAAACCUGGUACGACAAGAGAGGUCCGGCCGAGAACGAAAACCCAACGGCCCCCAAGAGCAAGAGGUUCAGGUUCUCAACGUUCGGCUCUAGCCGUGCAAAAGAGAAGCAGACUAUCCAGCCCGAUGGAGACACUACGCAUCCCGAAUUACAAAAGAAACGAGGCUGCUAUUGGCCGCUUGAUUUUCUUCCAAAUGAUUGUGCCAAUGUAAGGGUCAUUACGUAUGGCUACGACUCACAUCCGUCCCAUUUCUACGCGGCACAGACGAAUCAAAUGACUAUUACUCAACAUGCCAAUAAUCUCCUCCAGCAGCUCACGAACAAUCGAAUCGACUUUUUGACAAGGCCGAUCAUCUUUGUUGCGCACAGUCUUGGUGGAAUACUGGUGAAGGACGCAAUCGUCCAAUCCGCCCAGUAUGAGAACCAUCUGAAAUGUCUCAAUCAAUCCUGUUCUGCGAUCUUCUUCUUCGGGACGCCUCAUCGUGGCUCAAGUGCCGCUAGAUAUGGUGAAAUCUUGAGCAAUAUCGUGGGCGCUCUGCCGGGUGGCUUUAGUCUCUACAAGGAGAUCCUCAGAGGGCUGAAGCCCGACGGAGAAAAGCUGAGCCUAGUCGAAGGCGAUUUCAAUCAACUUCUCAAUCAAAAUAUCCCUGCCCAUGAGAAGAUCCAGCUUUAUAGCUUCCAGGAAGGUAAAGGGCUGUCGUCGAUAAAGCAUUUGGAUGGCAAGAUUGUCCCAGAUUCGUCGUCCUUCUUCAAUCGAAAAGACGUCGAGCAACGUUCGCAUGUCAACGAAAACCACAUGGAUAUGGCACGCUUCCGCUCAGCAAACUCAUCAGCCUAUGCAGAUUUCAGGUCGGCAUUGAAAGGCUUUCUCGCAAGAAUUCAGGCACGGGAAAGGCAAUUGCAAACUGCAGCACAGAAAGCUGAGCACGCGCGUCUUGCGGCCGAAUGUCAAGUCCUGAAAGAAAUCCUGGAUUUCAAAGAACGGUGUGUUCGACAACAACAAAUCAGCGGCAUAGAAACGACCCAAAAAACAUUUGAUUGGAUUUGGACCUCAUCCUUUAAAACCUGGCUCGAGGAGGACUGUCCGUUCUUCUGGAUCUCGGGCAAGGCGGCAAGCGGGAAGUCGACGCUGAUGAACUACAUUGCACAUUCCGAAAAAACUACUGAGGUUCUACAACACGCUCAUCAGAAGCUGUGGAAAGUGAUUUACUUCUUUUUCGAUUUCCGGGCACGUGACGGCAUAAGCAAUAGCUUUGAAGGAUUCUUGAGAUGCCUCCUUUUUCAGCUUUGUCAGGAUAUACCUGACCUCUCCCAGCACGUCCCCGAACUACAAAACUUUAUAAAACAAUUCGCCCGAAAUGAAUUCUUUGAAAAGAGAUCCUUGCAAAUUCCAGCAUUGGCUGGACCAACGGGAUUCCCCGGGCACCUGCCCCUCGAAUCAUUGAAGAAUGCUCUCCUCCAGGCGCUUGCCAGCUGUUCAGAAAAUAUCCUUAUACUCCUGGAUGGCCUUGACGAGUAUGAUGGACGACAAGUGGAAUUGACAAACUUCAUCAAGGGCCUUCACCAAAAGAAUAUCAAAAUAUGUACCGCGAGCAGACCUGAUCCUCCAUUCCCAGACGCAUUCGCUGGUAUGCCAGUCAUUUUGAUGCAAGAGCUAAAUUUUGACGCUAUCAAGUCCUUCGGGUUAGACGUUUUGGAAAAAUUCUACUCAGCUCGGCAGUAUGAGCCUGUUGCUCUACACGCUUUGGCUGAGGAAGUCGCACAAAAAUCCCAGGGUGUUUUCCUAUGGGCUCGUUUUGCCGUCAAUGAGCUGAUAGAAGGCCUGAGCCGUGGUGAACGACUGGGAUCUGCUGAACUAGAACAAAGACUUGCAGAAUUACCAGAGGAGCUGCACCAGAUCUAUUCUCGGAUUUUUCGACGUUAUGCACCUGCCCAGAGAAAAAUAGCAGCGCUCUUGUUGCUGUUGAUUUGCUACAAGCAAUCUGAUCUGACCACAGCCAUGCUUGCAAAGGCACUUUAUUAUGUUCCCUCAUCAUGGAAUCUGUCCUCUCCGGAUGCAACAACUCAUCUGCUUGGGAUUGACGACUCCUCGUUCUCGAUGAGGCUACUUGCUGUUACAGGGGGCAUUGUAGAAGUCUUCAAAGCUCAAGCCGAGUUUGAUGACAUAAUAUUCGACUGCGAAUUGCCUCGUUUGAUUCACAGAACGGCAAACACCUACCUGGAACUCGGUGGCUGGAAGGAGCUGGUUGGAGAUAUGUCCACCCCUGACUUAGGCCACAAGAUAUGGAUGCAGAUCUGUGCUGAGGCCAUCAGGCAGGAUGGAUCGAAGCUUGCUCUAAGAUUUGCCAGCGCGGACGCGAUAUCCAUACGGUUUCAGUUGAGGUUUCUUCGCGCGCAGGCCUUUUCUGAUCGUGAGAACAACAUAGGUGCAGGUGGCAACACUAGUGCAGAACUAAGCUCCACUGAGAUGGUUCUAACUCACGUACCCGCUUCUGAGACACUUCUUCUUGCUUAUGCCGCGAAAGCCGUGUUUGAACAUGCUACUGCCUACGAGAAGCUCUCCAAAGUUUCAUGCCGCAGAAUCAUUGGAAAGUCUUUUACUCCUGCGUUUAUUGAGGUCCAUCAGAAGCUGUCUUUCAAAUGCAAUUGCCGAUUUUUGGCUAGCAUGUUGGAAAGUCAUGGCAUUCGAUUCGAACUAAUGAAUUUCUCAGUGUUUCACAUGUUAGCCUAUUAUGUGGAUGAAUUUCUUCAAGAAAACCUUCAGCGGGCCAGAUCUAAUCACAUGCAGCACAUUGUCGACAACAUCUUAAGUGCAGUAGGAAGAGGAAAGUCCGCUAACUUUAGUCGGCUUUUGAGGUUUCUCAAGGCUCAGGUGGUUUUCUCUGCUUGCAAGCGGAUAUAUAAUCUGCACUACUACGAAGACGAUUGGGCUCAAAUGCUCACACUUCUUCUAAAAUAUGGGGCGACCAUUGAAAACCAUGAGCUUUUGUUCGCAGUCGGCUUCAGCACACCAAGAAUACUGAGAUUGUUAAUGGCAGGACGCCAGAGUUUGAAUAUUGCGAACGUGGAUCUGAAACUUUUGAGUUGGUUCUUAGGAUGGGAAUAUCCCCAAGUUGAAGAAUUCUUUCAAGGAAAGACACUCACACUUAUGGCUGGUCUCGGACUUCGCAUUAGACUCGGCAAUCCAGAAAACGAUAGGGAAGUUCUCCGAAUCCUUGAAGAAUGGGGUGCACACAUUAACGAUCAAUGCGGUCCAUUGGGAGGAGUGCUCCAUUACGCUGUCGCUGGGGUAGGCACCAAUCCAUAUAUUUUCAGUAACCCUACACUUCUAGAAUUACUCUUUGAAAAUUCUGCGGAUGUCAAUAAUCAUGGACCCCGGGGCAAGCCUUUGGAACUUCUGUGGCAGUUCGCGAACAGUCACACGCUAGACCGCCAAAAUCAAGUCAAAGGAGUGCGCGACACGAUCCGAGCGUUUGUCAAUCAUGGUGCUGUCAAUGAGUGCAUGGAUCCAAAUGGACUCGUGCCUUCUGAGAUCCAAAUGAGGCUGUUUGGGUGCAAUUGGACGGACUACCUAGAGUGCCAGCGGUAUUAUCGAGAAGGACCGAGAGAUGGAAGCGGGGUCUGGCCCGGGCCGGUACCGUAUAAUCCUAAGGAUGGAGAUCCGAGACGCGAAACUUUUCAAAUCCCCUAUGAAGGAGCCCGGAGGGAAUAUCGUUUGGCUAUGGGUAUGGAAUAA